UUAAAGGGACUUUUAUUGGAAUUAUUUCGCGUAGUUGCUGGCACACUUCAAAUUGACGAGCAUAAAAAUCGUAUUCAAAGUGAAAAAUUACAUUUUUUAAAAAACAGUUCGAAAAAAAAUGCCACAAAUGAAAACGAAACCAUUACAAGACUUAGUUUGAACGAUUCAGUUGAUGGAAUUUAUGUAGAGAAUCGAUAUAAGCAUUUUAAGCAUUUUGUUAACUUACUGAGCUUACGGGCAAAGGCAUUGGGAAUGGAAGGAAGAAAUAUUCAAGGCAUGGAGAUUAAUGAAAUGAAGAAUUUUGUGAAGAAGUUGCCAAAGGUCACAUCACAGAAAAAAGAGCUAUUUAAGCACUUGAUAUUGUGCGAAAAUAUCGUAAAUGAAAUCGGUAGUAAUUUCGAAUUGUCACAAACAAUUGAAGAAUCGAUGCUUUACAAUCGGAAUAAAAAACAGACUUUUCAGAAAAUUUUGGAACUUUUGACUACAGACGCGCAUCGAUACAAUUCACUACGUUUCAUUUGUUUAUUGCAUUUAACGUGUGGACUGAAUGCAGAUGAAGCAGCAACAUUCAUGACAAAUUAUUUGAAUGCUUUCGGAUAUCAACAUUUUCCCAUUUUUGGUCAUUUAGGGGUUGCCAAACUCUACCCUUCCUUCAAUAAUUCAGCAAAGACCAAGGUAUUCAAUAUCUCUUUUCCCAUGAUUCAGAAUGCAUUUCAAAUUGAAGCAAAUCGCAUGAAACUAUUGCCGGGUAAUAUUGAUGGCCGUCGAGAUCCAGUCGACUCUUCUUUCGUUUUUAAUGGAUCAUAUAUUCCUUUCAUUGCUCAAUUGUUAAACGUUUUGUGCAGUGCAUCCAAAAUAGAUGAUUUUGCUGAAAAAUUUGGACAAACUGAACAUAUUUUAUUUUAUCGAUUCUAUCAACAACAUCUUGAGCUAGGGACCAAGGAAAUGAUGUCUGCAAUUAAAAAGGGUGAAAUUUCGGACAUUUUUCCACUUAGGUCGAGAACAAUUUUUUGUUUUGUUAUUGGUGGAAUUACUUGCGGUGAACUUGCGGCAAUUCAUUUUAUAGAAAGAAUGACCGGCUCAAAAAUUGUAGUUGCAUCCGACUGCAUUUCUUCGGGAACCGAUUUUGUUGAAGCUGCAUUUUUUUGAGAAAAAAAUUCAAAUGUCCUUUUUGGAAAUUGUUAAAUAAAGUUACGAUUCUUCAAA